UGGUCUGGCAUCAAUGCUUGAAGGCCAAAGAAUAAAAUUGAAAUUAAAUUAAUAAAUGGAGAAGGCUAGGGAGUGGAGGAAGUUCAUCCCCACACGACUCUAGGUGCCUGAUAGAACUUCCAGACGCGACUAUGCUCAUGCCAACGACUGCCACGAGGCAAUGACAUGCGAAACGAGCUCUUGCGGUGCUUACCUCUUUGUCUCUGAAAUUGCUGUGCCCGCCUUGUCAUAUGUCGGUCUGCUUUUCGAUUUAUGUCGGAUUAUAAAAAUCAAGCCUCUAGUUUGUCCAGUAGAGUACGCAAGAUAUGUCGACGGUCUGAGAACGAUUAGGGAUAAUGAUGCCGGUUGAGUAGGUAUGAAAGCUGGCGAGCUGGACUGAAA